GGACCGCUGCCACUGGGAGACACAGCAGAGCAGAAGCGUAUGGCAGCGCUGAUCGAAGAGGCAAACAGGGCGGACACACCGCCGGCCGGGCUGACGAGUGAGGAGCUAGAAAAGUUCUACGAGCCGGUACGCGAUGCGAACGACCCGCUGAAGCCGUUCCCAAAUAACACAAACCCGGUGACGGGAGAGAGCCGACGCCGGUUCGGUGACUGGGAGCGCAACGGACGAGUGUCAGACUUUUAGAUGGAGGUAGGGGAGCAAUAAAUGAAGAAAUAUACAC